CUGGGGUGAUUCACUUCGUUGAGUAGCGUCGGUAUCUUAGGUCCACCUCCGCCAUCCCUGCACCAUGUCGACAGUCCAAGUGCCGCCCACGCGCAUGAACCUGACGACGUACAAGGCGAAGCGCGUCGCGGCGAAAAAAGGGUUUGAGCUGUUGAAGAAGAAAGCCGAUGCUUUGAAGAUGCGCUUCCAGCUAAUGCUGCGCGAGAUUCAAAAGACCAAGAUGGCCAUGUCCCAAGAAGCGUCGGACGCGUUCUUUUCGCUAUCCCAAGCGCAAUAUGCGGCAGGGGACUUCCGACACAAAGUCGUUGAGAGCGUGACGACGGCCGAGAUCCGCCUGGAGAACCGCAUCGACAACGUGGCGGGGGUGAAGCUGCCCGUGUUCACCGAAGUCGAAACGAGCCGCGACAAGGCCGAGAACAUUGGGCUCACGGGCGGCGGGGGCAAGAUCCAGAACUGCCGCGAAAAGUUCCGCGUGCUGCUCAAGGCGCUGGUCAAGCUCGCGUCGCUGCAGACGUCGUUCGUGACGCUGGACGAGGCGCUCAAGGUCACGAACCGCCGCGUGAACGCGCUGGAUAACGUCACGAUUCCCCGGAUCGACAAGGUCAUCGACUACAUUGUGCGAGAGUUGGACGAACUUGAGCGCGAAGACUUUGUGCGAAUCAAGAAGGUGCAAGCCAACAAGAUCGAGUUUGCCAAGGAAGAAGCGGCCAAGCUGGAGGCGCUCGUGGCGUCGGGGGCCGCCGUGCCCGCAGCAAAGCAUGUGUUGCCGUCCGACGAAGACAUCAUGGCGGCGUUCGAACCCGCGGCAGAUGCCGACGUUGUGUUUUAGAUACACGGACGACAACCAACCAUCUAGUAUGACAACAUAUCUCCGUCGUUGUGUGGGCCGAUUUUCGUGUCAUCAAAAAGGCAUACUACUACGACUACUACUAUUAAUAGUAUCUAUUAGCACGGACUACGACUAUUAGUAUUACUACCCAAC